GGCGUGCUUGUCAAAUUUCAGCCUUCCUGCGUUGCUUGUUGUGUCUACCCGACUCCUUACCGAGAUCUGCCGCCGAAGUUCCAGAAAAAAAAUUCCGUACCGUGAUUUAUCUGUAACACCGGCUCUUUGAUAACAUCGUCUGCAAGGAAAAAGAAGGAAAAUGUGUCGCCUGACGGAAUAUUUGGUUGCUGCAACUUUCCUGAUGCACGUUCCGCUCUCUGCAUCCCAAGUCUACCAGUACCAGCUGUACCCUUACCACACAGCACCAUCGCCGGACCAGUCAGAUGGCGAUUGCGGCGGGACUCUGGACACCAUGUACGGAGAUUUGACCAUCACCUCCCCGCUGUACCCUUCAAACUAUCCGCCCAACAAAGUGUGCAUCUGGCACGUGACGGCGUCAGUUGGGAAGAUCGUCUUCAUCACCUUCCCGGCAUUCCGUGUGCGUUGCCUUGGAGACUUCGUAGCGAUCUUCGACGGGGGAGCGGGAAGCACUGAGCUGAUUGAGGCGUUCUGUAAAAAUCGAGACGGAAGAGGUUUGCGGACAACGACCAACCAGAUGACUGUAGUCUUCAAGAGCAAUGAAUGGAUAACCGGCUCUGGCUUCACUGCAACCAUCACGGAAGUUGACCCAUAUGGAACCUGUGGUAGUCCCACCAUUGCCAGAAUACCGGCACCGGAAAGAAUAGUCGGGGGAAACACUGCUCAACACGGAAGCUGGCCAUGGCAGGUGCUUAUAAAAGUCUGGUUGUCCCCUCCGAACCCCGGACCCAGCGACUAUGAGUGCGUCGGGGUACUGUUGGACUCUGACUGGGUGGUUACUACUGCGUCCUGCAUUUACGUUACAACUGCUGAUUGGCUCGAGCUCACGCUAGGAGAGCAUGACCGUGACGCAUGGGAUGGUACAGAGGUGUCAAGAUUCGGCGCCCAAAUGUUUAUUCAUCCCAACUUUGUAAGCGGACCACACGAUAUAGCACUCAUCAAAAUGGCCUCUCCGGUGACUUUCAAUGAUUACAUCAUGCCGAUCUGUCUACCGUCGUCCUCGGACGUUCUGCUGCCAGGGACCAUGGUAUCCGUCUCCGGAUGGGGCGCCACGUCUAAUGGUGGCGCCACUGCACGGUACCUCCAGCAGAUGGUUGUGCCUGUCGUCUCUGAUUACAACUGUCUGCAGAUAUACGGGACCGCUAUACAAAUAGCCGUCGACUUCUGUGCUGGUUACACUGUGCUGGGUGGCAUUGAUGCGUGUACCGGUGACAGCGGUAGCCCCCUAUCGAGGAGGUCUCCAACUACAGGUGCCUGGGAACUCCAUGGUCUCGUCAGCCUCUUUCAACCAUGUGCCAACCCUUACGAGCCUACCGUCUACGCACGCGUCCCCGCGCUUGUUGACUGGGUGACUGCCACCAUGGCAAUGAACUGAAAAGGAAUAAUGCUGCUAACAUCGAGUACAUAUAUCAAGCAUUUCAAUCUUGCCCUGGAAAAUCUUGAGAAAAGAGGCGGUAUCUAUUCGUAAGAUGUUUUAAUGCCAGCUUGAUAAAUUAUAAAUUGUACUCCAUAGACUUGUUUGAAUCCCUACCAUGUCGGUACCACACAAGAAGAGCUAUUUUAUAAACAUUUUAUAAGGCUUUAAGGACUACGAUUAGUCGUAUGUUUGUGAAUUUGUAGCAGAUGUUUACAUUAAGUCGAUCGGUUCUGCUUGAAGACUUUUUAAGAUAUUGUUCAAUAGGUGUCAGAUUUACGUAGACAAUUAUAUUCCUUGUGGUUUUCUGUUAUGUGCAAUAAAGUUUUUAUCUUCGCCAGUCUGUUGUUUU